UCCGCGGGCGUCGGGUGGGCGGGGCUCUCCUUUCUCCCGCCCCCGGCAGUGGCGCCGCCCGAGGACCUUGUCCCCUGGCACAGGAAGCGGGCUUGCUUCCACGCUGCGGGCACACGGAGCAGGGUCCCGAUAACUGGCACCCACGAGCAUCGGACCCCACCCUCAUCCCCCACCCCGGGGAGGAAGGCGCGGGCCCUCCGUCGGCUGUACCUCGCCGUACACCUGGCUCUGCUUUUUCAUGUAGACAUGGGGGAGUUCGGCCGAGGCAGCCAAUCAACAUGUGACCAACACAUGAGUUCCCCAACCAGGGAUCAAACUGGCACCCCCUGCAUCAGAAGCACAGACCACCAGGGAAGUCCCCCAAUCUCAUGCUUAAGGACAUGUCUUCCUGGUAUGCCAAUGGAGAAGAGAGGUGUCAUGGGAUUCUGGAAGUUCCCCCCAUUCUUGGUCCUCGGCAUCCUGGUCUUGUACCAGGCAGGCAUGUAUCACGCAGCACCACUCAGGUCUGUCUUUGAUGGUCGUUUUGAUCCUGCUACCCUGGAUGAGGAGGAAUCACGCCUCCUACUGUCUGCGAUGGUGAAUGACUACGAGCAGAUGAGGGCUCGGGAGUCGGAGAAGGCUCAGAAGACCGAGGGCUCCCGCAUCCAGAAGAGAGCCUGCAACACUGCCACCUGCAUGACCCAUCGCCUGGCAGGCUGGCUGAGCAGAUCUGGGAGUAUGGUGAGGAGCAACUUGUUGCCGACCAAGAUGGGUUUCAAGAUCUUCAGUGGGCCCCGCAGGAACUACUGGUUUUAAGCAGUGAAAUGAUUCUCAGAAUAAGGUCACCAGGAAGUUGAACUCUACUUUUAGUUUGCAUGAAGGCACCUUACAAAAAA